AUGUUCUUCGUGUCGAGCUACCUGCUUGCCUGUUACACUCUGUUUGACUCUAACGGGCGUCUCUUACACGGUCAUCCCGGCGCCCUCGUGAGUCUCUUGGUCACGGGUGCAUGGUCUCGGUGUUCUACUGUGAUAUGUGCUCGGAAUCAGUGUGUCAGUGAGCUGUAUGAUAUCAAGACGUGUGAGGCGCAGGCUGUGCAGAGGUGGAUAGGUGGUGAGCUGGAGGAAGGUGGCGUCAGGAUGAGGAGUCUUAUUGUCUUGGCGCUGACAGGGCUGCUCGCUAACGAAAAUACAGCUACGGGCUACACUGAUGAAAUUCGGGACGUUGCUUGGAAUCAGGAAAGGCCCACAUCCUCCGGCAGAGGCAUGGCAUUUACUCCUGCUGUGACGGGAAGUAUCGUCACUCCACGCGCACGUCUUAAAAGUCAAAGGGAUCUCCAUCUGCCACAAUCCCAGCAGCAACGGCACGCAGGCUGGAGUGCUGGGAGACAGCAGGGGUCAGCAUCUCCAAUGUCUCGUAGCGCUACACUCACAAGGAAACACAGAGAACAUCGACCAUCUCAGUCCCAUCUCAACAUGGAUCAAGAAGACAGUGUUCCCUUGGCUGCCUCACGUACUACCGAGGGAUUGCAAACCAACCUUCGCAGUUCCACCUUACCGAUUUCUGCUUCCUACUCUCAACAUUUCUCUGCCGCCUCCCAGCAGGGUCGUGGAGUGCCCCCAGUGAGGCACUCUCUUUCAAUUGGCUCCCAGUACCACCAUCCCCUCAGCGACCCCUUCAGGGGUGAAUUCCUCAUCAAGACCCUUUCAGGAACGACAAGUGAGCGACAUCAAGUUUCGGGUUCUGACUCAGCGUUGAGGAAGCGUAUGGGGACAUCGGAGCAGAAUUACGUCUCCAAAGCAGCGGUCAACAACCAAGAAAUGGCCAAUAGUGCUUACAUUCACGGCAGGAAGGACGGCUCGGAUCCUCCUCAGAUGGAACACGGGUUUGGCGGGAACUUAUUGGACGUGGAACCACUGCAGCAAAGCGAGGUCAAAACAGAGCCGGUGGUGGUCGCAACAACUCCCCUUGUUCCCGCACAGAAAAGCAGUGACCCAGCGGAGCGACGAGACACCACACAGGUCUCCCCCAGCAAGAUCAUCCACAUAAGAACUCCCCACUGCGCUCCCUCUUCUCGUCGCCAAUGCUGCUGUUACUCGGGGUGGUGUUCGCGGCCAGCGCUGCCUACAUGGCCAUCGUUAUGGAGGAGCAAGGCGCCCUGCAGCGUCUCCAGCAGGCACAGCUGACGGCGGCCUUUGGUGGUCAGCCGUUCCUCGAGGGACGGAGGAAGAGGAGCCUGCUCACCCACAAACAGGCCCUCUCACGCAUUACUGCCUCGAAGGCACGGCUUAUUUCACGGUGACACACACACACACACACACACACACACACACACACACACACACACACACACUAGACCAGAGAAAAGCUAUUUGACGGGUUUAGCUCAGGCUAUGUAUUAACUCUAAUAACAAAGCGAUAAAGCCAACGUGUUUUUUUUUUUUUUUUUUUUUCCAACUCCUUUAUUUCUUCUGAUCCUUGGUAGAUCAUCUUAUUUAUUGGCAUUGAUAUUUUUUUUCUUUCCACACUCUUUCACGUGUUUCUGUAACGGGUUUCUGAUCUUAAGCAAUAUUUUGAAUCUUUGUAUCCCAUAUGCAGGAUCUGAAGUGAAUUUGUAAGCGUCUCUCUCUCUCUCUCUCUCUCUCUCUCUCUCUCUCUCUCUCUCUCUCGAAAUUUUGAUAUUUUGAAUUUAUUGAUAGCUCAUGGAUAGAAAUUUGGAGACAGUAUGCAUUACUAAUUCACUAGAAAGGAGGAGGAAGUGUGUGAGUAUUUAUGAUUCCCGCAUUAAGAGGAAGAAGAUGAAUCAUGACCGCCUGAUCAUGUUGACAUCACGGGAUUACGUCAUUGAUUAUUUUAACCACAACACUAAUUCUCAUAUUCACUCACAUAACAAACACACAUCAAAAGAUAUCAAUACUUAUAUUAAAUAACACCAAAAAAUAUAUUUAAUCAUAAUGUACAUUUAGUUGAGUCUGAGUUGCUGGAGGAAAUAAGGAAGAAGUAACGGUGAAAGUAGCCAGCGAGUUUGUUUGGGUCGUGAUAGCAGCAGGGAGGAAUCGCUCUCUUAUUUAGCGUCUUUUUCACCACUUAUUCCCACAAAAUGAGUAUAUUCGGCAAAA